AUGAACACAAAUUUUUUGUCUGUGUUUUGCUUACUAGUUUGUAUUGCAGAAGCAAAAAAUGAAUACAAACUUUUCAAUGUAUUGAAUUAUGGUGCCCGUGCAGAUGAUAGAACCGACAAUACUAUGGCAUUUUUGAAAGCAUGGAGUGAUGCAUGUAGAUGGAGAGGAAAAUCAACGGUUUUGAUUCCACAAGGAUCAUAUAUGCUUAAUGAAGUUAUAUUCAGUGGUCCAUGUAAUUCUUGGAUGAACUUUCAAAUUGAAGGAAGAUUGAAAGCUCCAAGUGAUAUAUACUCAUUUAAGACUGAUAGUUGGAUAAGUUUUAGAUAUGUUAACAAUCUAUAUGUUGGUGGAGGUGGCACAUUGGAUGGUCAAGGAGCAGUUGCAUGGGCCAAAAAUGAUUGUCAAAAGAAUCGAAAUUGUCGAGUACUUCCGGGGACAAUGACAUUUCAAUUUAUCACCAAUGGUUAUAUCCAUCACAUGCGCUCGAUUAACUCCAAACAAAAUCAUUUCACGUUGUAUGGAUGUAAAAACAUGGUGUUGACAAAAUUAAAGUUAAUAGCUCCUUUUAAUAGCCCUAACACAGACGGUAUCAAAAUCGCAUUGUCGAUGGGAAUAACGAUCACGAGUGUGAGUAUUGGAACGGGCGAUGAUUGCAUUGCUAUGCUCUAUGGUACUAAAGGGGUUCGGAUUUCGGAUGUCUUUUGUGGACCUGGUCAUGGAAUUAGUAUCGGAAGUCUUGGAAAGAAUAACGGCGAAGAAGAUGUUGAUGAUAUAGUUGUAAAGAAUUGUACAUUUAGUGGUACAAAUAAUGGUGUUAGAAUCAAAACAUGGAGUUCUAUAUUGCAAACAACUACGCAUGUUUCUAAUAUUCAUUAUGAAGAUAUUGUGAUGGAUAAAGUGCAAAAUCCCAUCAUCAUUGAUCAAAAUUAUUGUCCAAGUCUUCCAUGUAAUGCAAAGGGAGAGGUUUCAAGUGUACAAAUAAGCAAUGUGAGUUACAAAUAUAUUAGAGGAAGUGGAAAUGCAGAUGUUGCAGCAAGUUUGCAGUGUAGUCCAAAUAAACCAUGCCAAAACAUAACAAUGGAGAAUAUUAAUUUGUGGCCUAGUGGUAGGAGUAGAAAACUAAACAAUGAGUGUUUGCAUGUUAUUGGUGCUUCAUAUGGCACACAGAUCCCUCAUGCUUGCAUAUAG